AUGGCAAAGCGUUCGAUUCGCAUCGCCUAUAUGCUCCUGAAUAAACUCGGUCCUCGGGGUGAACAAAGCUUAAAACCACGUGAUCGUGUAGCGUUGGUCUACGCAAAUAACGAGCCAAUCAGUUUUCUCUCUGCUUUCUACGGUUGCAUUUUGGCCAGUGUUGUACCGAUCGCAAUCGAAGUUCCAUCCGCCAGACGGGAUGCAUCUUGUCAGAGUAUGGGAUUUCUGCUCAGUAGCCAGGAUGCUCGGAUCGUACUGGCUAGUGAACAGUGCUACAAGGCAUUGCAACGUGGUCCGAACGGUGAUAUUGCUGCCUAUCCGGGAUGGCCCCGAGUGACGUGGAUCAAUACAGAUCAUCAUGGAGCUGGUACUAAACCCCCAAAAGAUUGGGUACCGCCAGAUCGACUACCGAAUGAGGAAACCAUGUAUAUGGAGUAUACCUUCACCAAAGAUGGUAGCGUUCACGGAGUGAUGAUCAGUCGGCGUGCUGCUCUAGCUCAUUGUCGUGCACUGACCGCGGCAUGUAGCUAUUCCGAAGAGGAUGUCGUUGUUUGUGUGGUCGAUUGUCGUAGAGAGACCGGACUAUGGCAUGCAGUGUUGGCGAGCAUCUUCAAUGGUCUUCACGUGAUCUUCGUUCCGUAUUCUGUCAUGCAAGUAGACCCCGGAUCAUGGUUACGUAUGGUUACCAAAUAUCGAGCUUCUGUGGCCAUUGUGAAAAGUCGUGAUAUGCAUUGGGCCAUGCUGGCUGAACGGGAUCACCCGAAUGUGAACCUGUCCUCCCUCAGAAUGCUUCUCGUGGCCGACGGUUCGAAUCCUUGGUCAUUGAAUUCGUGUGAUUCAUUUGUCCAAAAGUUUCGUUCCCGCGGUUUUUUGGCCGAGGCUGUUUGUCCGUCCGCGGGCAGUCCGGAAACGAUGACUGUUUGUUUGCGACGGCCGGCCCAUCCCACGCUGCACGCCACUCUGAACGGGAAAGUUUAUCCGAACGGUGGUACAUCUCAUACGGCUGGUACCACACCUGGCACGCAAACGGCCGUUUCCAGUGCUGUCCGAGGUGUGAUUUCGAUUCACAGUCUGACCUAUGGUGUCGUUCGAGUCGAUUCCGAGGAUUCAUUGACUUCGCUCACUCUUCAGGAUUGCGGACAAGUGCUACCUGGUGCAUCCGCUGUUGUUGUCCGCCUUGGUCCACGACCAAUCUUGUGCAAGACAGACGAACUUGGUGAGAUCUGUCUGGCGGCUGACUAUACUGGCACUGGAUAUUGGGGUCUUCGUGGUCAGACUGGAGCGCAUUUUCAUGUGGAACCGUUAAACGAGGACGGGACUCCGGUACAUUCGCCUGGCAGUGUCUCAUACACUCGAUCUGGAUUUCUGGGGUUUCCUGGUCCGGCAACUUCAGGCGGUCUGAUUUUUAUCUGCGGCUCGGUGGACGGAUUGAUGACUGUGGCCGGUCGAAGACAUAAUGCCGAUGAUGUGAUCGCCACCGUACUCGCAGUCAAUCCGACAAAGAUUGUCUAUCGUGGUCGAAUCGCCGUGUUUUCCAUUGAAUUGCUCAAAGAUGAACGAAUAGUCAUUGUGGCUGAACUUCGUCAGGGCUAUUCAGAUGAAACCGCAUUUACAUGGAUGUCACUUGUUCUCCAGGCGGUGGACAGUAUUCAUCAAGUCAGUGUAUACUGUCUAGCUCUGGUUCCACAGAACACUUUGCCUCGAACCCCGUUUGGAGGCAUUCAUGGUCAUGCGGUCAAGCGUCUGUUUUCCGACGGUCGCUUGCAUCCGACCGCUUUGUUGCUCUGUCCACACUCGGCCAUCCAGAACUUGCCUCAACCCCGUCAACCUCGCCCGAUUCAAGUUGGACCGUCUGCAAUAAUGGUCGGUCAGGUAGUCCAAGGUGUCCGAAUGGCCGAGGCUCGAGGACGUCCACUUGGACCAAGUACAACGGCACCAUCGAUUGGAUCAAUCGGAGGUACACCGGAUUCGGGACUCCAACUACUUACUGAAAUUUUGGUCUGGCGUGCCACACACACUCCAGAUGAUCGUCUUUUCACUGUCUACAAUCAAAAAGGUCAAGAGGCAUCGAGUCUGACCUGUUCGCAGCUAUUAAGACGUGCUGAACGCUUGGCCGGCCUGUUACAGGAUAAGGCCAAAGCUACUCAGGGAACUGUGAUUGCCCUACUAUAUCCACCGGGUACCGAAAUAGUGUGUGCCUUCUACGCCUGUCUCCUAAUCGGUGCAAUUCCUGUACCAAUUCGACCACCACGACCAGAUCAGAAUGUGUCUUCCGGUACCUCGGGAGGGGUUGGCGGCAACAGUGGUGUAUCCGGUUCGAGUGCUCUGCUUUCCGGUCCGCCAGGAUCGGGUUCGAGUACCGCAUUGAGCCUGUUGGGUCUGAGCUCUAGCAAUCAGUCCGCAUCCGGAAGCACUGGCAGUUGUUCGAACGUGCAUCUACGCCCUGCGGCACCAAGUUUCGAAGCAUCCCUCGAAUUGAUAUGGAAUGUGGAUGCUACCAAUCGAAUACCAUUUAAUCAUUGGCCUUUAAUAAUCGACUCCGAAGAGAAUUACCGCAAAAAAGUCAAUCUACGUCAGCCUUCCCCCGGUACGGAACAGUCAGUGGCCUACUUAGACUUCGCAGCAUCGACCACAGGUACCCUAACCGGAAUCCGUGUCACGCAUCAAGUGGUGCAUGCCUUGUGCCGUGCACAAAAAGUCCAAUGUGAAUUCUAUCCGGCGCGAGAGGUGGUUCUCAGUCUGGAUCCGUAUUCCGGUCUCGGUUUCACUCUGUGGGCGCUCACAUCCAUUCACUGCGGACAUCACUCGAUUCUCGUACCACCUAGUGUGACUGAAGUGGUCCCAGAUUUGUGGCUGAGCAUAUGCAGUCAACGAAAAGGUAAGCACGACUGA